CUAACUGACCAAGUUAGCUUGAAGUUCCAGCCCCGCCCCCUAAUGAGGACCCUCCCCUUUCAUUUGAUUGGCUCUCUGCUCCAAACACCAAAUCACGUGACAAGCAGUCGACCGGCCAAGCAGGAAGAAAGUAAGACGAGGAGCAACAGAAAGAAAUCCCACCGUUUCAGAUCUGACUUGAAUCAAGUGAGAAGAGGAAAGUGAGUCAGGAUGGCUGCCCUCCUCCUGUUCAGUCUCCUGCUGGCUGCUCCGGUCCUCCUGGUGGCGUCCGGCCCGGCUCCCGGCUCCACCAACAACACGGUGCCUCUGGUUCUGUGGCACGGGAUGGGCGACAGCUGCUGCAACCCGCUCAGCAUGGGCGCCAUAAAGAAGAUGAUCGAGCAGGAGAUCCCUGGCAUCUAUGUGCUGUCGCUGAUGAUUGGGAAAAAUGUGGUGGAGGACACAGAGAAUGGGUUUUUCCUGGACGUGAACCAUCAGGUAUCGAUGGUGUGCAGUCAGCUGGCUCAGGACCCAAAGCUGCAGGGGGGGUACAACGCCAUGGGCUUCUCACAGGGGGGGCAGUUCCUGAGAGCCGUGGCUCAGCGAUGUUCCUCCCCACCAAUGAAGAAGCUGAUCUCUGUUGGGGGCCAGCACCAAGGUGUGUACGGGCUGCCCAGGUGUCCCGGCGAGAGCUCCCACGUGUGCGACAUGAUCCGCGAGGCUCUGAACAGGGGGGCGUACAGCGACCUGGUGCAGAAGCACCUGGUGCAGGCCCAGUACUGGCACGACCCUCUCAAUGACAACCUCUACAAGAAGCACAGCGUGUUUCUGGCAGACAUCAACCAAGAGAGGACCGUAAACGAGACGUACAAGAAGAAUCUCCAGCAGUUAGAGAAGUUUGUGAUGGUCAAGUUUCUGCAGGACUCGGUGGUGGAUCCCGUCGACUCUGAGUGGUUCGGCUUCCUGAAAACAGGCCAGGCCAAAGAGACGGAGACUCUGCAAGAGAGCGACCUCUACAAACAGGACCGGUUGGGCCUCGCUGCCAUGGACAAAGCCGGAAAGCUGGUCUUCCUGGCCACCGAGGGAGACCAUCUGCAGUUCUCCAAGGAAUGGUUUGACGCCAACCUGCUGCCGUACCUGAGGUAGUGGUGCACGGACCCGCCCCCUCCACCCGCCAUGACCUCCCUCCUCCUCUCGCCGCUUUAACAGAUCAAACUUUUCUAACACAAUAAAACGUCUCUGCUGUGAAUCUGAUCAAUAAAAGACACAAACUCUGAA